ACGUGCCUAACCUGAAGAUAGUAAACAUCCGGUUUAAAUUAAGCGGGAAGAAUACGUUAGAAAGUGUAAGAACUUGGUUUGAUAUUGAAAGUAGUGUUUCAAUCUAUUCAGAAACAUAAAGAGUUUAGAUCAGCUAGAGAAAAGUUUUUGGAGUAAAUUUGCAAUGGCACAAAAGAUAUCGAAAGAUUAUGCAAAAGCCAGAGAACAAUUUAAAACAUUCUUGACGGAGUUUGUAGAAAUGGAUAGUAAAACUGGUGAAAAAACGUUAAAAUAUAGAAAUCAACUUGUUGAUAUAGCUCAUCGUGAACAAGUAGAUCUUACGAUAGAGUUAGACGAUGUUCAUGAUUUUGAUGACGAAUUAGCAGAAUCUAUUGUAAAUAACACACGAAGAUAUGUUAAUUUACUUUUGAAUCUUAUUCAAGAGAUGUUACCUGACUUUAAAGAGAGACCUGUACCGCCAAAAGAUGCUUUGGAUGUAUAUAUCGAACACAGAUCGUUGAUGGAAAGUCGUAACAAACACGACCAACGCGAUCCAAGAAACAAAUAUGCUCCAGAACUUAUGAGACGCUUCGAAGUAUACUUCAAAGACUUUGGCACAUCAAAGGAAUAUUCCGUAAGAGAUAUAAAAGCAGAUAAAAUAGGAAAAUUGAUUACAGUACGAGGUAUAGUGACAAGAUGUAGCGACGUAAUGCCCUUGCUUGUUGUUGCUACAUAUACGUGCAAUCAAUGCGGCGCUGAAACAUUUCAACCGGUACAAUCUUUGAAAUACAUGCCUCUGCGAACAUGUCCUAGCGAUGAGUGUCGUAUAAAUAAAUCUGACGGUGUAUUAGAUAUGCAAACAAGAGGCUCAAAAUUUAUAAAAUUUCAAGAAAUAAAAAUACAAGAACAUAGCGAUCAAGUUCCUGUGGGUCAUAUUCCAAGAAGUUUAACAGUGUACUGCAGAGGUGAAACAACAAGAAAGUGUUUACCUGGAGAUCAUGUACUUAUCACGGGUAUCUUUUUGCCUAUCGUAAAAUCUGGUUUCAGUGCUCGUGUUGGUGCAGCACUUUUGAACGAAACAUAUGUAGACGCACACAAAAUCGUUUGCCUUACUAAUUCCCAAACUGUCGACAAUACUGAUGCUGGAUUGUCGAAAGAAGAAUUAUCUUCAAUAAUGGAAGACGAUUUUUAUAGUAAAUUAGCUAAUUCUAUAGCUCCAGAAAUUUAUGGGCUCGAAGAUGUUAAAAAAGCUUUACUAUUACUUCUUGUUGGUGGAACUGAUAAUCAGAAAGACGAUAUUAAAAUUCGAGGUAAUAUAAAUAUUUGUUUAAUGGGCGAUCCAGGAGUAGCGAAAUCGCAGCUACUUUCAUUUAUAACGAGGUUGGCUCCUCGAUCUCAAUACACAACUGGCAGGGGAUCUUCCGGAGUUGGUUUAACUGCCUCAAUUAUGAAAGAUCCUUUAACCGGUCAAAUGAUGCUCGAAGGAGGAGCCUUGGUAUUAGCCGAUGAAGGUGUCUGUUGUAUCGAUGAAUUUGAUAAGAUGGCAGAUGCAGAUCGAACGGCUAUUCACGAAGUAAUGGAACAACAGACAAUAUCGAUAGCUAAAGCAGGAAUUACAACUCGUUUAAACGCAAGAGUUUCGAUAUUAGCUGCUGCGAAUCCUGCUUAUGGUAGAUACAAUCCUAAAAGAACAGUUGAACAAAAUAUUCAGUUACCUGCUGCUUUGUUAUCGCGGUUUGACUUGUUGUGGUUAAUUCAGGAUCGAGCAAACCGUACUAAUGAUUUAAAAUUGGCUCAACAUAUAACUUACGUUCAUCAACAUGGUAUACAACCUCCUAUGCAGUCGCAAGCGAUAGAUAUGAAUUUAAUUAGAAGAUACAUAAUUCUGUGUAAGAUGAAACAGCCUGUAAUUCCUGAAGAUUUAACAAAUUAUAUCGUUGAUUCUUACGUAGAAAUGAGAAGAGCGGCUCGCAAUGGUCACGAUAAAACUUUUACGUCUGCGCGUAAUUUACUAGCGUUGUUACGUUUGUCGACUGCAUUGGCGCGUCUGAGAUUAGUACUUGUCGUCGAAAAACCGGAUAUUGACGAGGCAAUUCGAUUAAUCGAGAUGUCUAAACAUUCUAUUAACUACUCCGAAACACUGUCGAAAAAUUUAAAUCAGAAUCCAGUUGAUCGAAUCUUCCGUUUGAUCAGAGAUUUGACGGGCGAGAAGAAAACUAUCAAAGUAUCAGAUAUUCUGGAACGAUGCACAAGCAAAGGAUUUAAACCCGAUAAAAUCAAUGACUGUAUCGAGGAAUACGAAACAUUGAAUGUGUGGCAAGUGAAUCAAACAAGGACACAAAUAACAUUUAUUUAAUUUACACGUAUACGUAUUUAAAUUUAUUUUGAAUUUUGCCAAAUAUUUACUACACAGGGUGAGUUUGAUCGAUGAGAUUUAAUUGAUUUUAUGUAUUUUUUAUAUUUUAAGAACUUGUCACUUGUGAAAAUUAUAUUAAACGAUACUGGUGAAUUAAUUAAUUAUUACCUUUUUACCACUUUCCUUUUCUU